GACGCGGUCCAUUCAUGAAUGAAAUCUGGAUUUGCAGUGGCUGGUUUCAAUGUGUCUCCGGUUCAUGAUUUGCAGUGUGCUCUGCUUCUACAAGUACAACCCCUGAAACCAGAAUCUCCCGUCACAUCAUCGUUCCAACCGAAAUUAAUCUUCCUCUCCCCACAAAGCCAGCCCCCCCCCCGACCCACACACACACAAAACCCAACCAACCUCCCCCUCGGUUUCUAAAACCAGAUUCCGUGCGCAACUCGUCACGGCAAUGGCGCCUAUGCCCGUGCUGGACCUGCCACCGGGCUACGUGUUCAGGCCCAAGGCGCGGGAGCUCAUCCAGCACUACCUCGCCCCCAAGGCGCUGGGCGGCUACGUCGCCCCGGGCUUGGUGGCGGAGGGCGUGGACGUCUUCUCCGCGGCCCCGGACGCGCUCCCCUUCAGCCGCAGUCACCGGCGGGAGAACGGCGAGGUGUGGGGCUACUUCUUCGCGGCGCGCCCCGCCGGCGAGAGGACCCCGGCGCCGGGCGGGUGCUGGCUCUCCUACGGCCCCGAGAAGGCGUACCGCGGCGGGAGCGGCGGCGGGGAGGCGGUCGCGUUCAGGCGCAAGCUCGCGUACUACGUCGCGUCGCGGGACGGCGGCGGCGGGGUAUGGGCGCGGACGCCGUGGCUGAUGGCGGAGUACCGGCUCAACAAGGGCGUCGCCGCCUUCCGAUGCGCGCGGCCCGGCCCCGAGGCGAACAUGGACUGCGUGGUCCGCAAGGUCUUCACGAAGCCGGCGGUCCCUCCGCUGCCUGCCCGCUCAAGCGACGUCGAGACUACGGGCUCAAAGUCCAACUACCCCAGCGCGGACGAGGAAGCCGGCUACUCCGGCGAGGAGCAGGCGAGGAAGCGCGCUCGAUGGGCCUAGUUGAGACUUGCGACGGCCGUGUGGCCACGAGUUUUGUGACCGAUUGAUUGAUUGGGUUCCAGAAUUGCAGAAACUAUGCGUCUGGGAGUAAAGUUUGAUCUAUACCUUGGGGUUAUAGAGUUAGUCCAAAGUGAAUCCUUACCUUUAAAUUCUUCAAAUAUGUGCUAGGUUUCUUUCCCACUACAGCCUGUCGACCACUAUCUCUAUGUUCUAGGAAGAAUGCCUCCUCUUGUCAAUAGUGUGGCGCCUUUCGAGUCAAGAGAGGAGGUAAGGGCCUUCUUUGACAUUGGAGCUGGCCGGAUGUGUCGUGUCGACGCUUCCAGUAUUUAGAUGACGGUGUGCUCUUCCUCAUCGUUGGA